AUGGCGCCCUCUCCGACAACUGCUGGGCGGAUAGAGGAAGCCCGGACUCUUGCAAAGAACGACCCUGCCAAAGCUGAAAGCACCCUCAAGGAGAUUCUCUCUAAAGGUCCCGGCUCGACCGAGGCCUCGUCGCGGGAUUAUGAAAAUGCCCUGGUCUCGCUGGGAGAGGUCUACCGGGACCAGAAGAAGCCGCAGGAGAUUGCCGAACUGAUCAAGACAAGCCGUGAUUCCUUCUCUUCAUUCGCCAAGGCAAAGACAGCCAAGCUGGUCCGCCAGCUGCUGGACCUGUUCAGUGAGAUCCCGAACACCCUCGAUAUUCAAGUUGCCGUCAUCAAGUCCUGUAUCGACUGGGCCGUCGCAGAGCGGAGAUCAUUCCUUCGCCAGAACCUUGAAACCCGGCUGGUGGCCAUUUAUAUGCAGAAACAAACCUACUACGAUGCUCUCACCCUCAUUAACUCUCUUCUCCGCGAGCUGAAGCGUUUGGACGACAAGCUCAUGCUGGUCGAAGUACAGCUGCUGGAGUCGCGCGUCUAUCAUGCAUUGGGCAACCAGGCCAAGGCACGUGCUGCCCUGACGGCUGCCCGUACAUCUGCCGCCUCGGUCUACACUCCUCCCAACCUGCAAGCCGGCCUGGACAUGCAGAGCGGUAUGCUCCAUGCAGAAGACAAGGACUUCAACACAUCGUUUUCGUACUUCAUCGAGGCGCUGGAGGGUUACAGCUCUCUCGACGAGGGCGAGAAGGCAACAGCUGCUCUCCAGUACAUGUUGCUGUGCAAAAUUAUGUUGAACCUGGUGGAUGAUGUCACGAACCUGCUGGGAUCUAAGCAGGCUCAGAAGUAUGCUAGCCCGCGAUUGGAGGCCAUGAAGGCCGUGGCACGUGCUCACGCGGACCGGUCCCUCGAGCAGUACGAGAAGGCUUUGUCGGACUACAGAUUUGAGUUGGGUAGUGAUGCGUUCAUCCGCAACCACCUUCGCAGAUUGUACGAUGCCAUGUUGGAGCAGAAUCUCAUCAAGGUUAUCGAACCCUUCAGCCGAGUUGAGCUUGACCACAUUGCCAAGAUGGUGGGACUGGACACGCAGCAGGUGGAGAGGAAGCUUUCACAGAUGAUCUUGGACAAGGUUAUCAUUGGAGUGUUAGAUCAAGGAGCCGGAUGCCUGAUUGUCUUUGACGAGACGGAGCGUGAUCAGGCAUAUGACGCUGCUCUAGAAACCAUUGCCAAGCUGAGCAAUAUGCCACCAGCCAUGAGCGCUCCUAUCCCUCCCAAUUAUGGGCGUGGGUUCCCACCACAGGCCGCCCAACGGUCUCCUGCCACGCCUCGUCGCGGCCCUCAAGCACAAGUACCAAUGCCUGCUGCCCCCAUGGCUCAACACGGCGUUCCCCCUCAACUCCUUCCUCAGCAACAUCGUAAUAUGAUGGCGGCCAACGCUGCCAACGAGGCCGCGCUUCGUCGCAGUCGCAAACCCACAGACAGGAACAUUCCGGAGGGAAUCGAAGAAGUGGUUAUUGGCGAAGGUGUUCAGCAAUACAAAAGCCUUCGCGACCUCGAGAAACGGCUGGACGCGGCCAUCGUGCGCAAGAGACUCGAUAUUCAAGAUUCCAUCAGCAAGACCGUGAAGAAAUACCGCACCAUGCGCAUUUGGAUAUCCAACACGGUCGAGAACCAACCGUGGCAGAAUGCCUCGGGCCAGAACGGUGCCAGCAAUCCUGGGUCCGGGCGAUAUAAGGUACGCAUCGAGGGACGUUUGCUGGAUGACGACAGCGACCCGACGGCUUCGGAGGACAGCGACGAGGAGCAGGCUGGUGUAGACGAAUCCGCCGAUGCGAACGGCGACGCGAUGGAGCAGGAUGGCCCCGGGGCUCCGAAGACCAAGACAAAGCCCGCAGCGUCAAAGAAGCGGUCUCAGCAGCGCUUCUCGCAUUUCUUCAAAUCCAUCACGAUCGAUUUCGACAGACCGGCCACCACGAACCCGGAGGAUGUCAAGCCUAUCACCUGGAAUAAGCCGCAAUUACCCCCAAACGCCGUUACGCUUCCUCCCACCGCAGACUUCGAUUCCAUUCAGUUCUCCCGCGCAUCGCAGGAGAACCUCAACGUGACGGUCAGCCUAGUGCGUGACGAGACACCAGAGCGAUAUAAGCUGAGCAAGGAGCUGGCGGAGGUGCUGGAUGUGGAGGAGGAAACUCGCAGUGGCAUUGUUCUUGGCAUAUGGGAUUACAUCCGCGCCAUGGGCCUGCAGGAGGAUGAAGAGAAGCGGCUGGUACGCUGUGACCACCGCCUACGAUCGAUCUUCGGUCGGGACCAAAUGUUCUUCCCCCAGAUUCCCGAAAGCAUCGGCCCGCAUACCAGCCCGAUCGACCCCAUCAAACUCCCCUACACCAUCCGCGUCGACGCCGACUACCACAACGACCCCACCCCCACCGUCUACGACAUCCAAGUCGCCCUGGAGGACCCCCUGCGGUCCAAGAUGCUCGCCCUUACCCAGAACCCGCAGUACACCGCCGCCAUGCGCCACAUCUCCACGCUGGACGACCAGGUCGCGCUCAUCGUGCAGGCUCUGACGCACUCGCGUGCCCGCCACUCCUUCUUCACGGCCCUGAGCAAGGAUCCCGCCACCUUCCUCCGCCGCUGGGUCAACAGCCAGCGGAGGGAUCUCGAGACCAUCCUCGGCGAGGCCACGAGAGGCGGCGGCGAGGACGCCAGCGGGCCGGAGUUCCGGAGAGGCGGCACCGAUGGGGCGUGGGACACCCCCGUCGCGAGGGAAGCGGUGCGCUAUAUGCUUGCCAGACCCGAGGCGGCCAUGGGGAGGGCUCUCUGA